AUGGUAGCUCCAAGCACAAGUUUGACAAAUCCACAGAUCCUACAGUUUAAUGGGAAAAAUUAUGAUUAUUGGGCAAUCACAAUGAAGGCAUUAUUUUGUGCACAAGAUUUGUGGGAGUUUUUUGAAAGUGGCUACCAAGAACCAGUAGAUGCAACAACAUAUAAUGCAUUAACUCAAGCAGAGAAAGACUUAUUGAAGGAAAAUAAAAAGAAAGACUCAAAAGCCCUUUUCCUCAUCUUUCAAGGAGUGAAUGAAAGCAUUUUUCCAAGGAUUCAAGGAGCAACAAAGUCCGAGCAAGCAUGGGACAUUCUUCAAAUAGCCUAUCAAGGAAUGGAAAAGGUAAAAAUAGCUAAGUUGCAAAUGUUAAGAAGGGAUUUUGAGACCAUCUACAUGAAAGAAUUAAAUACAAUAGACUCAUUUUUCACUCAAAUCAUUGGAUUGGUAAACCAAAUCAGAUCUCAUGGUGAAAACCUUGAAGAAAGAAGAGUGGUUGAAAAGAUUUUGAGAAGUUUGCCUACAAGAUUUGAAUCUAUUGUGGUGGCCAUAGAAGAGACAAAGAAUCUCUCACAAUUUUUAGUGGAUGAGCUUCAUGCUUCACUCAUUUCUCAUGAGCAUAGACUAAGUAGGUAA